UGCCAGCUGUCAGUAAACAGAACUAGCCAUCGGCGCCAUCCAUUGUUAUUUCAAACAAAAUGUGAUAUGUUUUAUGAUAGACAAUGCAAUAUAGUGUAAAUUGAUGGCUUUAUUAGUUAAUGUUGUUUCACCUAGUUGUUCCUUUGUUUUGGUAAUCGGCUUAUGUUAGCUUCCCUAACAUCAAUGGAGAUAUUUGAAGGCUACAUAUUUACCGCUCUUUGCAGCACCAACUUUUUGAUAUCAUGUCUCUUGUUCUCCCAAAUAACGAGAGAACAGAGAGAGCCGUACAUGGACGAAAUAUUUCAUGUACCACAAGCUCAGAAAUUUUGUGAAGGGAAGUUUCAUGAGUGGGACCCCAUGAUCACAACGCUUCCUGGACUGUACUUGGCCUCGGUAGGGCUGAUCAAACCGGUGGUUUGGCUGGCCGACCUUACUGGGAAGGUAGUGUGUUCCGCCGCGAUGUUACGCUUCAUCAACACUCUCUUCAACUGCGGGAACCUCUACUUGCUCUAUCUCAUCGUCUGCAAACUCCACAUCAAAGACAAGUCCCGCUCGGCUUGGCGGCGCGUCCUCACGGCGUUGUCCCUCUCCACCUUCCCGGUGCUCUACUUCUUCUCCUUCCUCUACUACACCGACGCCGGCUCCACCUUCUUCACGCUCUUCACCUACCUGAUGACGCUGUACGGCUCGCACAAGGCCGCCGCCACGCUGGGCGUCUGCGCCAUCCUGUUCCGCCAGACCAACGUGGUGUGGGUGGGCUUCUGCGCCGGCACCGUGGUGGCCCAGAGGAUGGACGAGACCUGGGCGGCCGAGCAGACCAAGAAGCGCGACCAGCGGGUGCCCGCUGUGCCCUUCAGCCUCCUCGGCGCUAAGCAGCUGGCACGCUUCCUGUGGGAGUUCGCCACGGCGCCGGCCCACCUGGCGGCGGUCGCCGUGGCGACGUGGCCGUACCUCCUGGUGGCGCUCGGCUUCGCAGGCUUCGUGGCGUGGAACGGCGGCAUCGUGGUGGGCGACCGGAGCAGCCACGAGGCCUGCCUGAACUUCCCUCAGCUCUUCUACUUCCUGUCGUUCGCUUGGCUCUUCGCGCUGCCCGUCACGCUGUGCCACCAGAGGGCGCUGCGCUUCCUCCAGUCUCUGCGCCGCCGCCCGCUGCUCUACCUGGCGCUGAGCGCCGCUGGGCUCCUCCUCGUCUGGAAGUUCACGCACGUCCACCGCUACCUGCUGGCCGACAACCGCCAUUUCCCCUUCUACGUGUGGCAGCGCGUCUACCAGCGCCACCAGCUGGCGCGCUACUUCCUGGUUCCCGGGUACGUGUUGGCCGCGUGGACCUUCGCCGACACGCUCCUGCGCGGCCGCUCGCUCUUCUGGACGCUGGCGUUCGCCGUGUGCCUGCUGGCGUCCACCGUGCCGCAGAAGCUUCUGGAGUUCCGCUACUUCAUCACGCCAUACCUGCUCUACCGGCUGCACCUGCCGCUGGCGUCCACACACCGGCUACUGCUGGAGCUCGCGCUGUACGCAGCCGUCAACGCUGCCACCCUCUACGUGUUCCUGCACAGGACCUUCCAGUGGCCGGACAGCACCGCUGUGCAGAGGUUCAUGUGGUAGAGGCUGCGACACACAAGACAAGAUAUUGCUUAGGGCAUGGAGAGAGACAACAGAGCCAAAUUAGGGGCUACGACACACAAUACAAGAUAUUGCUGAGGGCACGGAGAGAGACAACAGAGCCAAAUUAGGGGCUACGACACACGAGACAAGAUAUUGCUGAGGGCACGUCAGACAGCAGAGAGACAACAGCCAGAUCAGGGGUUAGACUAAAUACAGCAGAGGCAUGGAGAAGCUUUUGAUGUCCCUUUGAGGUCACUUACUUAAUUAUUCACUGUUAUUGUGGAUGAUCUUAAAUUAAUAAUUAAGUAGGUACUACAGUUAGAUGAGUUCAGGUCUCAUUUUUGCAUUUGUGGGAUUUUUCCAACCUGAGGUACAGGAUCCAGUGGAAAAAAUAACACUUAUCUUAUGAGUUUUUUUUUUAUUAUUAUUGUUAUUUGUGCGAGACAUGACCCAUUAUACCAAAUGCCAAUGUGGGCGUUUAUGUCUCAGGGGUACUUGCGCGGUUAUGUACAGGUCACUUCCACUAAUGUGAAAGGAGAUUGUUUUUUGUUUAUUUUAUUAUUGAUUGUUGUCGUAGUGUACUGGCUUGAAACUGUUAAAUUGGAAAUGAAAACUCAACUUUUACUAACAACCACCGAGACCUUGGUUGUUGUGAUUGUAUUCAAGGUGAAAUAGAGGGAAAGACGAAACCAGGUAUAGCAAUCUGCUGAUAAUGGGCCGUGAAGGUAGAAACAGCCCUUUGAAGAAAUAUGUGAAGGGGAGCAAAAUCAACAGCGCAGACAAAAUGAAAUACAAAUCUAUUUUUUUUUUACAUAUUUAUAUUUCCGGAAGAGAGACUAGUUUUUAGUUUUCAGCAAAGAGUCUUGUCCUUACCAGUCCCAACUCUAUGGACCUUUAAGUGUUUGAGGCCCCAUGUGAAAUCUCCCUGUGUUAAUCUCAAUGAUCUUAUCUGCCAUCUAUCCCAGAGUUAGAUACUGUUCAUAUGCUGUUAGCCUAGCUUUGCAUUAUUCACUAGAAGUGUUAGACCAGUUAGCUUAUAGCUCCCAUAGGCUAACAGGUCUAACCCAAUUUUGGUUAAUUAUGCUAAGCUAGGCUAACUGGUCUUACCCAAUUCUGGUUAAUUAUGCUAAACAUGGCUAACAGUGUCAGACUUGGUUAUGGCAAGCACAGAGGAGAGAAGGGUAUGUCCAUAGCUCUGGGGUAAAUAGCAAAUAAGCUUAUUUCCUUAAAAAAAAAAAGGCCUGUAGAUAUGCAGACUUGUUUACAACUCCGAACUGCCUGUGCCUGUCUUCUGGUGAAGGCGUGUGCACAUCUUGGCCUUUUUAUACCCUGGCAGAUUAUUUUGUGUCCUCGACUGCUUGUUUUACGCCUUGUCACCUUUUGGUUGUGUGAAUGUGUUGGUGUUUUUUGUUCUAAUCUGUUAAUUUCUCAUACUUACUUACUUCUUCUUUGGGGAGUGUCCCAUUAUUAUGUGUUUGAAUUUAUUAUGUUAGUCCUUUAUUCAUGUUUCAGUUUUAGGGAUCAAGUGUUGAGUUUCAUGACUUUAGACAUUUACAAUAAAUUGAUGAUGAUGAUGAUGAUGAUGAUGAUUAUGCUUCUCUGCUCUAAUUUCCUCCUCACAAAAUAAUCAGUGGUUUGUUUACCAUCUCAGACUGUCCACUAGAUGGCAGUCCAACCCUUUCCACUCUGCUGGAGGAGCUGGGUGGCUAGAACCAUUCCUGCACUUUCUUUUGGGGGCCUUGUUCAAACUCAACCUGAG